GUGAUUCGUGAGAGGUCGAGAUGCGCGACACAUGCAUCAUCAAGGAUGAGCUUCAAGGAGCACAGAAAGGAACCAUCUCAAAUUUGCAACCACAUUUACAUUUCAGACAUAACCAUUUCCAUGGUUCAAUAAUUGGGUUCUCCUCCAGAUCACCCCUUCAGACACCCUGACACCCUAAGUAUUUCCUUGUAGAAACCACACCGUCCCUGAACUUGGAGUCAUCGUCCCCGCCAUGCAAGUGCCGCUAAUCCGACUCCAAUGCGGGGUCAACAGCUAUGAUUGGGGAAAGGUUGGCAAGGCAUCUGCUGCUGCCCGUUUCGCCGCAGCAAGCGAGACCGACGACUUUUCGAUUGAAGAGGAAAAGCCGUAUGCCGAACUAUGGAUGGGUACGCACCCCAAGAUGCCUUCCAAGGACAUGAAAACACAGCGGUCCCUCGUCGACCUCGUACAGGACAACCACGCCCUUAUGUCCACCGAGAUCACUUCGAAAUACGGGGGAAAGCUUCCCUUCUUGUUCAAGGUGCUAUCGAUAGAGAAAGUGCUCAGCAUCCAGGCGCAUCCGAACAAGAAGUUGGCUGAGCAACUUCACGCCAAAGAUCCGAAGAACUAUCCUGACGACAAUCAUAAGCCUGAGAUGACAAUUGCCAUCACUCCUUUCGAGGGUCUCUGUGGUUUCCGGCCUCUCCCUGAGAUUGCUCACUUCCUCCAGUCAAUCCCGCCCCUUCGCAGAUUGGUUGGAGAAGACAAGGCGAAGAGCUUUGAGGAGGUCGCAUCUGAGGCAAAGGAUGACGGUGCAGGCAAAAAAGCCCUCCGGGAAGCAUUCACUUCUCUCAUGAAUGGUGCUGCUGACUCGUUGGCAUCUGCAAGCAAGGAGCUCGUAGCCCUGGCCGAGUCGCAAGGCUCUCAGUUUGCCGGGGGAGGCGGAUCAUCGAAUGAGGGCCAGGAGCUUGCUGAUUUAGUAACCCGAUUGAACGGAGAAUUUCCUGGAGAUAUUGGGCUGUUCGUGUUGUUCUUCCUCAAUUUUGUGAAACUGGAGCCGGGUGAGGCGAUGUUCUUGCAGGCCGAUGAUAUCCAUGCAUAUAUCUCAGGAGAUAUAAUUGAGUGCAUGGCAUCAUCAGACAACGUCGUCCGCGCUGGCUUUACACCCAAGUUCAAAGAUGUCUCCACUCUGACUUCCAUGCUCACAUACUCAUAUGGAUCCAUCGAGGAGCAGAAGAUGGAGCCGGCCCCAUACGCACACGUCGUACUCAACGCGAAAGCUUACUCCUCAAACUCAUCUGCGACCCUCUACGACCCGCCCAUCGAAGAGUUCAGCGUCAUCAAGACGGAGCUCAAGAAGAGUGAGGCCAAGGCGACAUUCGAUCCGAUCGCCGGCCCGAGCAUCAUUAUCUGCACGUCCGGAGAAGGUACGGUGUCGGUGGGGCCGAAGCAGGAGACGGUAAAGCCGGGAUAUGUAUUCUUCGUUGGUGCUACUGCGGAGUGUGUCAUUGAAAGCACUGGUGAGGACCCGCUCAUAGCGUUUCAGGCGUUCUGCGAGUUGGGCAGUAAGAGUCAACUAUAAGCAGGUUCAGAGGAAACAGGCUGGACAAAAGCAGCAUUAGGCGGCAAUCACGGUAACAUGAAAAAACUCAAGGUUGAAUGGUGCAGAUCAUGCUGCUUUUUGGUGGUUGUGAAACCAAUCGUAGUAUCCAUAGUGCUUGAGAGCAUAACCAGAACGCCAGGGUUGCCAAUGAGACGCUACUCAAUGGG